AUGACGUUCGCUCUCUUAUUGACUGCUGUAGCUGGGCUACUACCCUUCACGGCUGGCCAUGCUUCCAUUUUCCACCCCAGCAUGUGGGGAUUUAACGUGACAGCACAGACGUUCCCUUACGACAACCGUCCUGUUGCUCCCUUAAUCAACUACACCUUUGACGAGUGGUGGUUCCACGGACAUCUCGAUCACCCUCCUAAUGAUGGUGACUUCUUCGAGCUUCCUGCAGGCGAGCCUGCCACGGCACAGGUUGCAUGUGACAAGGGUGCCACAACUUUCUUCGCGUCUGAUCCGGGAGGGAACAUCCAGAACGGCGACGACCCGUGCCCUGGCUCGCCACCCGCAGAGUACCACACCACCGGGCUGAGCGACGUCAAGGGAUGCGCCCUGGCCAUCACAUACGAAUCGGACGUUUCCCAAGUGCAGCCGGAAGACUUCACAAUAUUCAGUGUCAACCAGACCUGCGUCUGGACGCGUUUUACGGACUUCCAGGUGCCGGCCAGGAUGCCAGCCUGUCCCGAGGGGGGCUGCAUUUGUGCAUUCUUCUGGAUCCACUCGCCUGAUAGCGGUAGUGAACAAAAUUACAUGAAUGGAUUCCGAUGCAAUGUGACCGGCUCCACGUCGAACGUGGCGUUGGCUACACCGCAACUACCUCGUCGCUGCGGUGCUGACCCACAAAAUGACAAGCCCGAGGCCAGCCCAGGUAACUGUACCUACGGUGCGAAGCUGCCGUUCUACUGGUUCCAAGCAGAACGCAACAAUAUGUUCGAGGGUACAUACGCUCCACCUUUCUAUAACGACCUUUACAACUUCUUGGACGGCGCUCAGGAAGAUAUAUUCGCCGACUCAUACCCCAACGGUCUCCCAUCACCAAGCCCAAACUCGACGGUCGUCCCUUCUCCUAACCUAUACGACGUUGCAGCGACUUCGACUCCGUUUGCACCCAGCAUUACUCCCGUGUUUUCUGUGACUUCCUCGUCCUCCGUUACGCCGACUCCUCCCAUAUCAUCAUCGAGCGCCGUGACUCCGCUAGCAAACAGCACGAGCACAGCGUCCUUGGGUGCAGCUACAACCGCCAUGUGUAAAUCUACUUUAUUCAGACGGCGGCAGCAGCGCCGAUCGAUAUCGCACGGCCCUGAGUCGGUCGCCGAUGUCAUGGCACCUCGUGUUGCUAGCCACCGGGAGUUGCAAGACAGAAGUAAGCUGUGGCGCGCAUUCUGAUAUUAUCUUGUGAUGUCCUUUCGAUACCCUUUAAUGUAUGGUCGUUUCAAUUUUUCC